UUUUUGGUCGCAGCGGCGGCAGCUGUUUUUGGGGAACGACGUCAGCGGCAGGGACGUACACGUAGUGGCAAAAUCCCAGGGCGCUAAGUAAACGGCACCAUAUUUUGUUUACUAUGAAUCCCCUAAGUAUCUUACUUGUGCUUGCUCCGCUUCUGACCAUCCUCAUCUUCAUUUUGGCGUUGAUCAAGUCAAGACAAACAGCAGAGCCACCUGGCCAUGGAGCUCGAGUUCGCGACACGGACGCGAGGGGCGCUGGCGCUGUGGUGCAGCCGGCGCGACGGGCGGCCACGGCACGCAACCGUAACCGCAUGAGGAUGGGCGCAGGGGAGGAGUCAGAGGACUCGGACGGCGGCGCCCGCGACCCGAUCGAUGCGCCCGAGGGUAAAGUCGGGAAAAAGAAGCUGGCCAAGCUCGAGGCGAAGGCAGAGAAAAAGGCACAGAGAGAGGCGGAAGAGAAGGAGCGCGAGGAACGAAAGAAGCGCCAGGAGCAGGAUGAACAGGAGCGCAGGGAGCAGGAGAAGCUCGAGGAGGAGCAGGAGCAGGCGCGUGAGGAGGCGGAGCGGCUGGCGCGCGAGGAGCGCGAGCGGCAGGAACACGAAGAGUACAUCAAGCUGAAGGAGGCCUUCGGUGUGGACGAGGAGGGCUUCGACGAAGAGCUCGAGGACGAGAAGGAGAGCAAACUGCAGGAGUUCAUCAACUACAUCAAGAGCGUGAAGGUGGUGCUCUUGGAGGACCUGGGCGCCCAGUUUGGUCUGAAGACGCAAGACGCCAUUGAUCGGCUGCAGACGCUGAUGUCGGACGGCACGCUGUCAGGCGUCAUCGACGACAGGGGCAAGUUCAUCUACAUCCCGACGUCGGAGCUGGAGGCGGUGGCCAAGUUCAUCCGCCAGCGUGGCCGCGUCUCGCUCGCCGACCUGGUGGAGAACAGCAACUCGCUCAUAUCGCUGACGCCCGAGACAUCACAGAAAUCCUGAGCGGGAACGUGGGGGGGGGGGGGGGACGUGGUCGAGCCGGCCCAGCUGAGGCGACGGAUCCCGACCGGCGCCGGCGGACUGACGUCGAGGUAGGACGCCAGGGCGUGACGUCACAGACAGAUCGCGUACCGUGCCGCGUCUCUGGCUGCCGGAAGAGGGGGAUGGGACCGGAUCUGGGACGUGCGCAAGUCAGGGUGACAGUGAGGUGACAGGAGGAGGUGACCCAGGUCUGGGAAUCCCUCGCGGUGGCAGUGGCGCGCGCUGGUUGGAGGAAGUAGCCGAGGUCGGGGGUCCGCCUUCCGGUCAGGGUGACGGGCGAGGACCGGCUGUGCCGUCUGCCCUGCGGUCGAUAACACUUCCUGUCGCAGUCGGCGCUAUUCCGUCCCAUUGACGACACGCGUAGACGGGACUGGACAGUGCCUGCAGCACGAGCGCGGUCGCGCCUGGAAAACUGGGUGUGUUUAACAGCGAGCUGCGCAGGUGGUCUCGGCCGGUCUUGGCCCAUCAGGCUGCAGAUGUACGGCUGCACGCGAAGGACCGGUGGCUGUACCUGUGAGCAACAGAAGGAAACACGGAGUGCGCGUUUUGGCUUGUCUAUCUGUUUGGCUGCUCCUGUCUAAGGUGUUACCUUAAGGUUGGCAACAGAUUGUGAUGGUGAACGUUUGGUGAUGCAACGGGAACGGGAGGCAGCCGAUGCCCCACGUGUAAUGGGACGCAUGGGUCAGAUGGCGCACGCCUUUGAAUCGUUGCUGGAGACGGCGUUUUAUCGCACCAACGUGCCGUCUGGUAGGAUCGCUGUUUGUCUACCAUGAUGCCGAGCCUGUCAUAAUCGAGUUGCGUGCUCGUGCGAACGGUUUUAUUUUUCAGAUUUUCCCCACCUGCGGUUAGCAUGCGCCCUCAGUCAACUGCAGUUAAGUCCCCGUCAUGUUUCGUCACGAAGACCCACGUAUCAUGCGGCCGAAAUGCGUCUUCAACCUGGUGAACCUGGAAAAUACGUUGACCUGAGGCGGCACAGUCGCAGCAGUCGGCCUACCGUCCACUGGCGCCGUCGUAUUGUCCUACACUGUGACAUCUGGUGUUGAAAUGUAGACAAAGCGUAUUUCGUCGUCUGCAAUCACUGCCGACUAAAAAGGUGAUGGUCAUUACCAAGUAGGUAUAAACCGUGAUGUGGUGCUUUUUCCGCGAUUAUUAUUCUGGGUUGUUUGGGCGGUUGAUCAUGUAUUUUCAGUGCAAUGCAAUUUUGUCAAUAAAUGUGUAACAUGA